GUGUUCACUUUUCUUUUCAUUUUAGCUUCACUUUUCAGUAAAACACUCUCUCCUCUCUCUCUCCCACUUCAAUCGGUGUCUCUCUCGCCUCCACCACUCUCUCAACCUCCACGCUUCCCUCAAUCUCAUCGUCACCAUUGCUAGCAUACCCAACUCAGAACGAUCAACAAAAUUGAAGAGAAAACAUCAACUCACCAUUUGAAGCCAAACCCCCACGCUUCGUAGAGUGCUUUUUAGACCCAGAUCAGAGAGCAAGGUUGGGGUUUGGAGAGAAUCGGGUGUAGAGAAGUUGAUGAAGCUCUCUCUUCACGGCACAGCCACUAGCCUGGAUCUCCGGUUCCGACGAUACUAGCCUUUUUCUCAUCGGAAAUCCCUAAAAUCACCGCUUCCUACAUCGGAAUUCGCAAGGAGAUCAUCCCUGUAAUUUUUUUGCAGUGUGAUCCCGAGGAAUAUGGUGCAUGUGACUCAGGCUGUAAUGGUGGGCUGAUGACUUCUGCCUUUGAGUACACCCUCAAGGCUGGUGGACUUGAGAAAGAGAAGGAUUAUCCUUACACUGGGACCGAUCGUGGCACCUGCAAAUUUGACAAGGGAAAAAUUGUUGCUUCUGUUUCUAACUUCAGUGUUGUUUCGAUUGACGAAAAACAAAUUGCCGCAAAUUUGGUGAAGAAUGGCCCUCUUGCAAUUGGCAUCAAUGCAGUAUUCAUGCAAACUUACAUUGCAAAAGUUUCAUGUCCAUACAUCUGUGGGAAGCAAUUGGAUCAUGGGGUGCUUCUAGUGGGGUAUGGUUCUGCUGGUUAUGCUCCUAUCUGGUUCAAGGAAAAGCCAUUCUGGAUCUUAAAGAACUCUUGGGGAGAAAACUGAGGAGAGAAUGGAUAUUACAAGAUCUGUACGAGUCGUAACAUAUGCGAAAUGGGGUUUUGUUCAUGACUCAUCUAUUUUAGUUGGGAUCAUAAUCGAGAUGUAGCUAUUUCGACUUUCUUGAAACACUGAAAUCACAUAUUUAUAUUGUGAAGCUAAUUUAGCUAAGCUAUAAAGCCUUUUUGUUUUGGGUUU